CGAGCGUGAGCCUCCGUCGAUUUCAUGUCCUCCGGUUCUAGUUCAUUCGCUCUCGCUACCAUCAAGCUGGUCUUAGUUAACUACGAAUCGUACACGGUGUAACACAUGCUUUCCAACGUACAUGAUUAAUUUUGACAUGUUCUUGAAUUUAUUCGUAAUAUUUUCCAUAUUUUAGAAUUAAUUACCCAUCGAAUAUGGAAUCUGAAUCAGGUACUACAAACACAAAGAUCUCAGACUCAGGAUAUUCAAAUAGUUGCAGUAAUAGCAAUUCUCAAAGAAGUGCAAGUUCCAAAUCUAGACAUAGCGGAAGUAAUUCAAGUAGAAGUAGUGGAUAUUGUGGAGCAACCAAUCCGAAUGGCAGCGUUGAUACAGGACCUCAACCUUCCAAGCGCAACAAAGAUAAAGAACACAAAAAGAAAAAGUCUAAGUCAAUAAAUUUAACCGCCCUUAACCUCACCCCCAUAGCCUCAUCGGCUGUCACCAAUCCUGCAGAAUCUAGAGCUGCCAUAGUUGUAUUAAAAGAAGCCCCAUCCACUGAACAAAUUAUGGGUAUCGAGGCAUUACCCUCUGUUACUGUGGAUACGGUCGUCCCCCAAACAGAGGGUAUGGAGAAUGCUGUGGAAAUUGUAGCGAUUGUCUCGCCACCUAUUCCAAUUACAGCGGACCCAGCACCUCAAGAAGAUAUAACCACAUGGACUCCAGCUCCGCAGGACACCGAAAACCACCACAAAGAUGAAACCACUAUGAAGAAAGUAGUGGCCGUCAACGAAGAAGAAUAUAAAGCUUCUUCCAGCUGCCAACCAGAGGACGGUUUUUGUUGUGUUAUCUCGAUGUACGACGGUGUGGUUCUCUACAAUACUCCAAGUUUGACCUCCGUGCUGGGGUUUCCCAAGGAUAUGUGGUUGGGUCGUUCUUUCAUUGACUUUGUACACCCGAAAGAUCGCGAAACCUUUUCUAGUCAAGUUACCACUGGUAUAGCAUUGCCACUUGUUGAUUCUCAGGGAAAAUACAAGGACGUGAAGAACUGUUUGUAUGUUUGUUUGAGAAAAUAUAGAGGCUUAAAGUCUUCAGGGUUUGGUGUCGUAGAAAAAGCUGUGUCUUAUCAGGCUUUUCAGCUUACUGUUAGCUUUAAACAUAUUACCGAUGCUCCCGAGGCUAAAUAUGUAAAUAAUACUGGUGGGAUGUUUUUGGUUGUUGUGGCGGUACCAGUUUACUCUUCCUACAAAGUUCCAGAAGAAACUAGGAAAUCAGCUAAAUUUGGCAUGCGCCACACGGCUGCUUGUAUAUUCAGCCAUGUUGAUCCAGAUGUGGUGACAAACUUUGGAUUUUUGCCUCAGGAUAUGCUGGGAAGAUCUGUAUUCGAUUUUUACCACCCUGAAGAUAUGCCUGCUUUAAAAGAAGUUUAUGAAUCUGUGAUGAGAAUGUGCCAAAAAGCAGGAUCUGUAUUUCGCAGCAAACCCUACAGAUUUGCUGUACACAAUGGCGGCUUCGUUAUGAUUGAGACUGAGUGGUCUAGCUUUGUGAACCCAUGGUCGAGAAGAUUAGAAUUCGUAAUAGGACUCCACAGGGUUUUGCAGGGUCCACCAAACCCAGACAUUUUUAAAUCACCUAAAGAUUAUGAGUAUAUACCUGAAAAAGUUUUAAAGGAGAGCAAAAUAAUCCAAGAAGAAAUACUUGUGCUUCUUAAUGAUGAGUUAUCGAGGCCAUCUGAAGCAGCCAAGCACGAGGUUUCGAAGCGCUGCAAAGAUCUGGCAAAUUUUAUGGAAUCCUUGAUGGACGAAGUAAAUAAAUCAAAUUUACAAUUAGACUUACCGCAGGAUCCUGUUCCUACCAUUUCGGUAAGUGUGAAGAAAAGGGAAAGAGAUUCUGUAAUGCUUGGUGAAAUUUCACCGCAUCAUGAUUAUUACGAUAGUAUAUCAUCUUCAGAGACGCCUCCUAGUUAUAACCAACUAAAUUAUAACGAAAAUAUUCAAAGAUUUUUCCAAAGCAAACCUAAAACCACUGUGUCCGAUGAAAGUAAUGGUGUAUUGCAAGGGAAUAUCGAUACUGACCAGGAUGGAAAAAUAUCUUCUGCAGCUCAAGAUUGCACCAACAAUCAAAAAUGCUUGUCGCCUGUUCAAAACAGUGGAGCAUCUGGUAGUGGCAGUGCUGGUAACUUAAGUUCGGGUAGCAACCCCAAUAUAGAAAGUGGUACCACCAGUGGUACAAAUACAUCUACUAACGAUUCUUAUAAACCACCACAAUUAACGGAAGCAUUGUUACUAAAGCAUAACGAGGACAUGGAAAAAAUCAUGAUAAAACGUCAUAGGGAACAAAGAUCUAGCAUUAAAGAUCGUGAGAAUAAGAAGACAUACCAUAAAACCCUAAAGCAAGUUGGUAUUAAAGCAAAAGAUAAUAAAAACGAGGGUGGUCAUCAUAUCCAUGGUGUAAAACGCAGUGGAUCUCAUUCUUGGGAAGGUGAUAGUCAUAAAGUGUCAAAGCACAAUCAUCAAAGUGGUGUUAUAAUAAAUAAAGAGGAUCAAACUCAUUCAAAUAAUAACGGAUUUGCUUCUAAGCCUGUAAGUGGAUACAAUCAAAACGCCACUAGUAAUAAUACCAAUUGCAAUGAGAAUAUCUACCAAUCAACAAUAAAUGAUGUAAAUCUUUGGCCCCCAUUCUCUGUAACUGUCACUCCAAUGAACAACACACAAUCUUGCAGUAUUUCUUCAACCCCAGGUGUCAGUCAGGGAGGUUUCGCUACUAGUAUGCUACCGGUUUAUUACAUACCAACCCAUCAAAGCACCCCUAUUGGACAAGAAUUUGUCGAUCCCAAUUCAAGAUACCAAGUUCAAUAUAUGCCUGGAAUGAUUUACAACUACAAUCCCAUAUUCCCAGCAUCACCCAUAAUCUGCUCGCCCCUUCCAGUGCUCCCUGUCACGGUGGCUCCUCCAAUUACCCCUAUAAACCCUGAUAGUCGCCAAAUGAGCAACCUGCAGCCUAACAUAGACAACCAUUUAUCCUGCAACCAGCCUGAGCACAAACCCAGCCCGCCCAGUGGCAUCAAAGGCCCCCAAUUCCAAAGACCAGCCUCACAAGCUACUUCUGUAAAAGCGGAACCAGGAAGCGUCAUGGGGUCAAUUGCAUCGGCCAGUGUGGCAAACAAAGCAUUAUCGGACUAUUCAAGAAAAGAUUUGGGCUUACAGUCAGUUUGCUCGCCUGGUUCGCCUAUAGUAAGCCCGCCGGAUGGUGAAACCAAUAUGAAACAUUUUAAUUUAACAACAAAGAUACAUGAAAAUAUUGAAAAAAAUAGGAAAAAUACCAGUUACCACCAUCAAAAUAUUGACGAAGGAAGCAGCUAUUCUUCUUCAUAUUCUUCUUUCUUAAAAACUGACACCGGAUCUGGUUCCAAUGACGAUUCUAACAACAUGGACUCAAAAACAAACCAGACAAAUAGUGAUGAUAAUACUUGGAAAAGUAAAAAAUACUAUCCUUCAAGGAAAAAGGAUCCACCAUGGUUGGAAACUGUUACGGUCACACCUGAUCUUAUCUAUAGGUACCAAAUGACUGUCAAAGGCAUCGAGGAUAUUUUGGAAGCUGAUCUAAAUACUCUUAAGGAAAUACACCAACCUGUUUUGGUGAAUGACCAACUGAACCAACUAUAUAUCGAAAUGGAGUUGGAAGGAUUAUCGAGAAAAUUGACUUUAGAAGAAGGAAUGACUUCGAGUAGUAGCAGCGACGAAAAUUGCGCAAAUACUUCAAAGCCAAAAAAGAAGAGAAAAUCCUUGAAUUCCCUAAUGAUGAUUUACGAAGAAAAUGCUCCGUUUCCUCCACCAGACCACUAUUAAAAGGUAUCAAGACCAUAACAAUCUCAAAGACUCGAUUAUAUUUUUUAUACUAUGCCACUUACAGCAGUUUGUAUUACUAUUUAUUUUUUUAUUAUUAACCCGAAACCUUUUUGGAGUACAUUUUUGAUGUCGUAAAAAUAGUGUUUUUAAAC